AUGGACAAGUUGUCGGCGAGCGUAUCGGAGAUCGCAUGGAGUCCGUCGGCGCUGCCGCUGGACGCGGUGGUCAGCAAGUUCCGUCUGCCCACCCUGGUUCGCCUAGCCCACGCGGAGUGUGUUGAGGGCCUGUCAGAGGACGACGUGGUGCUGUUACACUCCUGCCGCCAGUGGACCACGGUGACGGCCCACAGCUUAGAGGAGGGACAUUACGUCAUAGGUCCCAAGAUAGACAUCCCUCUGCAGUACCAGGGAAAGUUCAAGCUGUUGGAUGAGGACCGAGAUAUCAGGGAUCCGGUCCAGUACUUCUCCAGCGUGGAGGAGGUGGCUGCAGUCUUCCCUGACCGAGUCUUCGUCAUGGAAACCAUCACUUUCACUGUCAAGGUUGUAUCCGGAGAAUUCAGCGAGGACAGCGAGGCCUACAGCUUCACUCUGCAGGCAGGGGAUGAGCUGUCACUCAUGGGCAAGGCGGAGCUUCUCUGUGCCACACCCUCACGAGAGAAGACGGGGCUGAGUGCUCUGCUGAGACGCCUUGGAAAGACACCCAAAAGUAAAACCCCCUGCCUGGUGUGCAUGAACCAUCGCACCAACCAGAGUGUCAGCCUGCCUUUCGCCUGCCGUGGGCGCUUUUGCACACGCUCUCCUCUGGAACAGGGCAUGCUGGGAGCAGAGCACACGGUGCGCAGUGUCAUAGAGAGGGUGCGCCUCCCGGUGAACGUGUCCGUGCCCUCGAUGCCCCCCAGGAACCCCUAUGACCGGCACGCGGUGCGGGAAGGCCACCGCUACAAGUUGCUCAACAUCGUCAGCAAGACGGUAGUGCUUUGCUUGGUGCUUCGCAGACAGGAAGUGUCCCCUUCCCACUUCCUGCUCCUACGCUGCAUGCCUCGUUUCAAUGUGGCCGAGGCCUCUGUCCACACCGUGGCGGUGGAGAGCCUUCUUCUCCGACACGCGUUCGAUCCCGACGCCUACUCCCGCGCCGUGAGGGAGACGCUCCCCGAGCUGGAGUGCAUGACGGAAGAGUGCGUGAGCCCGCGGCGGUCUCGCGUGUGCGUGUCCGGCCAGGACUCGCUGGUGCCGGCGCUGCAGCGCCUCUCCCUGUGUGGCUACAGAAGCGGGGUCUCGGACAGCCUAUCGCAGCACUGCAGGGACUCGCUAGGGGAGGGGCCGGGGGAGGAGCGAGAGUACGUGACUCCCGAGUGGCCGGAAGCUGAGAUAAGGACCAGCGAGGAAAUCCCCUACGAAGAACUCUGGACCAAUCAGAGUGCAGAGAGCUUGGGCAAGGAGCCAAACCUCAUCUCCUUCCACUCCUCUUCCUCAUUGGAUGGUUCUGUGGGCACCGUGGUGACGAGAGUGUCCACCCCACCCCCCGUACCCCCAAAGUCAGAUGCUGUGAGAGAGGAGUGUCGGUUCUUGAUCGCCCCUCCCGUCCCCCCUCGCUGCUCUAAAGGGGGCGUGGUCACCAGCCCCGCCCCCAGCCCCCCUGUCCCUCCUCGCUUCUGCAAGGCCUCCAGUGCGCCCAGGCCCAGCGUCUCCUUCUACUCCUCUGGGCUGCAGGAGAGCUGUUCCCCCUCUCCAGACACCUCUUUGUACUGUUACCCUUGCUCCUGGGCCGACUCUCCCGCCCCAACGCCUGCCCAUUCCAGUCCGGAGCAGAUUCCCUCCUUCCCUGCAGACAGCACAGCCAAUCCUCAGCCAGCGCAGGCCACCUGGGCGGAGCCAUGGUUAGACACCUAUCAGUCCAAUCCUCGACUAAGGCCGACCCCCCAGAGCCGAUUCGCUCCCUUCGGAGCGCUGAACCCCUUCAUCCGCCAAUCCUCUUGCCCAUCUCCUGAGCCCUCAGCCAAUCCUACGUUAGAUUCUUCCCGAGGUGCAGAAGGGGGUGGGACUUCAACUGGGGUCAUUGAGGGGUUGACCCCACCGAGUGACCCCACCUGGCGCCCGCCUUCCGAUCUGUCUGCUCUCUCAUUGGAGGAGGUGUCUGCCUGCCUAAGAUUCAUUGGCCUGUCUGAGGCGGCGGUAGCGGUGUUCCAGAGGGAGCGAAUAGAUGGCAGCCUCCUGGUGCAGUUAAAUGAGGACAUCCUGUCACAUGACUUCCACCUGAGCCGACUGCAUGUAACCAAGAUCACACAAUUCAUUCAGGGCUGGAGGCCCAAGAUCUAA